UGGGUUGAAAAUUUUGCAACUAUGUUAUUUUAAAUUGUUUGGAGUUUGUUUGGUGUUUUUAUAAGUGUAAUGAACAUCAUUAAUCUGACUGAAAAUUCACAAAAAGCGGACAUAAUCCACAAGUAUAAUGUAGAUAAAAAGCAAGCACUCAUUAUAGAUAAUGGUUCAUUUAAGUGCCGGGCUGGUUGGAGCAACAGUUCACAACCCUUACUAGAGUUUCGAAACUUCAUUUUAAAACCAAGAAGAGACAGAAGRAAAGAAGUGGCAGAUCCGCAAGCAAAUAAACAUACUCAAAUCGGAAAUGCUAUUUCAAAUAUUGAGUCCGUUCGUUUGAAUCUCAAAACGCAGUUCGACCGGAAUGUGGUUACACACUUUCAUAAUCAGGAGCAAAUAUUUGAUUAUAUAUUCACGCACUUAGGUGUUAACAAUGAAGAUAAAUUCUUACAUCCAGUACUGCUAACAGAAGCUCUGGGUAAUCCUUACUACUUUCGACAACAAAUGAACGAGUUGUUAUUUGAGUGCUAUGGCGUUCCGUCGGUUUGUUAUGGGAUCGACUCCAUUUUUAGCAUGAAGCGUAAUGAUUUAUGUGCAGAUUYAUUGAUUUUGUCCUUUGGUUAUUACACAACACAUGUGAUACCCGUUCUUGAUGGGAAGAUUCAAAUAGAAAAUGUGCGUCGUUUAAAUUUAGGCGGAUAUCAUAUUACUCAUUAUCUGUAUCGUCUUAUGCAAAUGAAAUAUCCCAUGCAUAUAAAUUCUAUAACGAUAAGUAGGAUAGAGCAAUUAUUACAUUGUCAUAGUAGUGUAGCUUUGGACUAUUUGGAAGAGUUGAGACGUUGGUCCGAUCUAGAAUACUAUACAGAAAAUGUUAAGAAGAUUCAGUUGGCCUUCGCAUUGCCUAGCACACAGAAUACGCCACAAAAUCUUGAUCAAAAGAUUGAAAAACGAAAGGAGUUAACUCGUCGUCUCAUUGAAAUAAAUGCACGACGAGCUAAAAACAAGCAGUUGGACAUGGAGAACCAACUAAGAUUUAUGACUAGUAUGAGAGAACUUUAUGAGCUUGGGGAAGUGGAAGAAUUCGAAGCUGCACUAAAACAAAAUAAUAUAGACGAUUUAGCUACAUUAGAUAAAUCUAUAGCAGCUCUGCGUAGUCGGCUCCAGCAAAUGGAUUCAUCAACACAAGACGCUUCAGCAGCAAAUCGUACUCCAAAAGAAAAAACAUCUGGCACCAAGAAGCCACCAUCAGACGUUUCUAUGGAAAAGUGGCUUUCAGAUAUUAAUUAUAAACGUGAAGAGAUUCUACAACGAAAAGAAACGCGCAAAGCGCGGAGGCAAGAAGCAGCAAAACGACAUACUGCAGCGGCACAAGAACGUAUGCGUAUUAUUUCUUUACUAGCUCACAACGAUAAAGGUAUCGAUAACUUCGGUGUUAAUGACAACGAUUGGGACGUUUAUAAAUCUAUAAACAAGGAUAAUGAAAGUGACAGUGACAGUGAUAAUGAGAAACUCUUAGAAUGUGAAAACAUUCUUCGUCAACAUGAUCCUUCCUUUAAGCAAAGUAAUACCCAAAGUUGUGAUGUUGCUGAAAAUUAUCAAUUACAUUUCAGUGUGGAGUCAAUUCGAGCUCCCGAGGUACUCUUUCAACCCAGUUUAAUCGGAUGUCCCGAAAUGGGCGUAGCUGAGCUWAUUGAUUUUGUACUGAAACUAUUUCCUGUCGCUGAACAGCAACGAUUGGUUAAUAGUAUAUUACUAACAGGCGGAUGUUCACAAUUCGUAGGUUUAAAAGAGCGUCUUUCGAAAGAACUUCUUGAAAUGCGUCCAUUUAAGACAUCUUUUAAAAUUUAUGCUGCCCAGUCCCCAGAACUUGACGCUUGGCUAGGGGCUAAGGAUUUCGCAAAUUCCAGCGAUUUCGUUAACUCUUUGAGCACUAAAGAGGAUUAUCACGAAAAAGGCGCUGACUAUUUCAAAGAACAUAAGUAUAGCAAUCGUUAUUAUGCCAAUAUGUAAACAAACAAUAAUAAAUUGAACAUCUUAUUUGCAAUAA